UAAAGCAAAGGAAGAAGGAACUCAUUGUCGUUUUUCAAAGUAAAAACCUCAAGUUAAUUGUUUGAUUUAUAUUGUGAAUUAAUAAAUAUUAUUAAAAUGCUCGAAAUUAAAAGUGUACUUGAAAAGUUCUACGGUGAUUAUGUUAACCAUACAUCGAAAAAACUCAAGAUGAUCGAUGCUUAUCUUUUGUACAUCUUAUUUACCGGCGUUAUUCAAUUUGCCUACUGCUGUUUGGUAGGAACCUUUCCCUUUAACUCAUUCCUGUCUGGGUUCAUAUCGAGUGUGAGCUGUUUCAUUUUGGGAGUUUGUCUACGGCUUCAAGCAAAUCCAGAAAACAAGACAAUAUUUUGUAAAAUCUCGCCGGAAAGGGGAUUUGUUGACUUCAUAUUUGCUCAUGUUGUAUUGCAUUUAGUUGUAGCUAACUUUAUUGGAUAAAACAAUGUACAUUUUAGAGAUAACUUAAUAAAACAAUAUUGCAAUUUUUAAUCAAAA